AUUCACUGUAACCAUUUGCAACAGCGAGUCCAUUAAAAAAUGUUGAAGUAUAUUUGGUUUUUAAUUUUUAUAAAUUUUUUAAAAUGUACACCUAUUAAAACAAAUUUAGCAGAGUGCAACAGUGUCAUAAUUGAAGGUGGAGAACAAGCCCUAAGGAAAAUAUUCAAUGAUUUUAAUGAAAUAAAAACCAUUGUGAAUGAUCUGAAAUCAAUUUAUGUAGAUAGUGAGCAAGGCAAUAAUACUUUACAAAAAAAAGAUUUGCCCUUGUUUGAUGUACGUUUUGACCAAGUGGCCAAGAGAUGCGAAACAAUAUCUCAGCCUAAAGAUUGUGCCACAGCCACUGCUUGCACCAAACGCAGUGGCAUUUAUAAAAUUCAAAUUGCACAGUACAACAAUGAAACAGUUUUGGUGGCCUGUGAUGAAGAUACACAAAACGGUGACUGGUUGGUAAUACAAAAACGUCAAGAUGGUUCUGUGGAUUUCUAUAGAGAUUGGAUGGAAUAUGAAGAGGGCUUUGGUGACAUUGAUGGGGAGUUCUUUAUUGGUUUGAAAAAGCUAUACGCUCUAACAAAUUACAAUGGUCCCCAGGAGCUACUGAUUGUAAUGGAAGAUGUUAAAUCCAAUAAAACUUUUGCUAAAUAUGAUGCCUUUGCAAUAAGCAAUGCUACCGAAUCGUAUAAAUUGAAAAAAUUGGGCAAAUAUUCAGGAACUGCCGGAGAUUCACUACAACAUCAUAUCGGUAUGAAAUUUUCAACUAAAGAUCGUGACAAUGAUAUGAAUUCUAGUAGUUGUGCUGAGUCUUAUACGGGAGCAUGGUGGUAUAAUAAUUGUCAUCUUAGUAAUCUCAAUGGAAAAUAUGGCGAUAAUACGUAUAGCAAAGGCAUCAACUGGAAAUCAUUUCGUGGAUUUAAUGAGUCCCUUACUUACGUUAAAAUGAUGAUACGUCGUAGUAGAACUGUAUAGUAGGUAUUAGAUAUUUGUGUCAAUGAGUUGAAUUAAAAUAUGUGAUUCAAACAGUGUAACUAACCAUAAUACAUAUGGGCAAUUCCACGAGAAUCGCUACCACGACUGAAAAAACAAAAA